AUGGCGGCAACACUAAUCAGUGCACACCUCCCAAACUUACCUUCAGAUAAAUAUCGUGGUGCUGUUGUCGAGGACCUACAAUUACCUCCAGCCUUCUCCUUACCUGCAGGUGAAGCAAUCUCGCGAGCAAUAGAUUUCGCAUAUGAGCGCGACUUCUCGCACAUUCCUGUACUUGAUCGAAACCGACGGCCAUUGGGAUAUGUCGAUGUUGCGAGAUUGAAGGAGAGAUGGGAAGCAGGCAAUGCGAACCCUGACGACAAAGUAAGCCAAUACAUGACAAAGUUCAAGCGCACAUCGUCAGAACCCUACAAAGUGAUAACGCCUUUGACCUCGUUGGUGGAUCUUGAAGAAUUCCUGAAAACGAACAUCUUUGCUUUGGUCACAGACUACGAUCGCAAAUUCGUGUUGGCCGUAGCCACAGCACAAGAUCUGGAAAACUUUGUUUCCCGACGUGGUCUGCAGUAG